AUGGCGAACGAGCUUUGCAAUGCUUUGUGUGAUGCUGCUGCAACACUGAGCCGCGGUGAGCAGGAAGAGGUGGAGCAAGUGCUGGGCUUCCUCCGUUCGCGACAGGCAGAGUGGACGGAACCCGGCAUGAGCUCAGCAGCGCUGAAGGUACUCUGCUCCCUUCGCACCUUGACGGCCAGCCGUGUGCUGGACAUGGAGAAGCUCAGGAGGGUAGCUGCGAUGGCAUCCGAAGCCUUUGUUCAAGGCUUGAUGCACAGUGCUCCGAUCACGGCGGAGGCGUCGUCACGAUUGCUGGCUACUGCGGUUGCCGUUGCUCCAACCUUCGAGACCCACCGGAUGGACACCUUCCAACUAUUCGUAGACGUGCUGAAGCAACAUGCCAAGCCUUUGGCAGAGCAGGCCGAAGAGCGAAAGAAGCUGGCACCAGCUGUUGCUUCAGCGCUCAUGCAGGCGGUGGCCGCCCUGGCUGCACCCCCAGCCGGCACCACCGGGGCCUUCGCCGGCGCGCGCCUCGCGGCGCUGACUUUAGUGCAGGUCGCCGUCAAGAAUGCAGACGUUGCGAUGAGGACUUUUGUUGAAGACGUCGUGGCUGAGAUCUCUUCCUCGUCACUGCAGGUCACCGCUACCUCCGCUCCGAUGCUGCGCAGCGCCAUCGAGGGCGUAGCAUCUGCGGUUCUCAGGCUCAUGGGCGUCUCAUGGAAUCAAUGCUGCGUGCUCUGA